UGCGGGUAACGCCGGCUGCGGGGUCUGGGUGUCGGUGGCCGGGGACCAGGUACCCGCCCGCGGCUGGCUUGCGGCCGACCGUUGCUUUCGCGAGCGAGCCCUUCAGGACCAAAGAGCCGAGCUGUAGAAGGCGCGACAGCCACGACACUCAUCGGCGGAGCGGGAGAUGGAUGAUAGUUCAAAAGACAGCAAGCCCCUUGAAACCAAGGAGUCUGCUAUUAAUAACGCUGAAAAUGCCUCUUUCGUUUUAGGAAAUGGGAAGCUUGUAACUCCUCACAAGCCUGCAGCUGAAAUGACUUCUAAUCCUUGCAUGUCAGAUACUUUUAAAUCACCUUUGAACUUUUCCACAGUAACUGUGGAGCAAUUGGGAAUUACACCUGAAAGUUUUGUAAAGAACUCUUCAGGAGAGUCAUCAUCCUACCUUAAAAAAUCCAGACGCCGCUCUACAGUUGGUGUUCGGGGCUCUCCUGAAACAAACCAUCUAAUUCGUUUCAUUGCCCAGCAGCGAAAUUUAAAGAAUGCUUCUUUGACCAAGAACUCCCCUUUUCAGGGCAGCCCUGUUCUAUAUCGAAAUGUUCAUUCUUUAAGAGAGCAAAUAUCUGCCUUCCAGUCGGCUUUUCACUCCAUAAAAGAAAACGAGAAAAUGACUGACUGUCUUGAAUUCUCAGAGGCGGAAGGAGAGUUCAAGACCAUAGGCUCAGCCAAAAAGGAAAGUCGUGGUGAACGUCAACAGUCUGAAUUCCCUGCAAAUUUGUCAUCCAAGCGUCAGAGAAUAUCCUCUCCGAGCAGCUCUGAUGGAAAUCUAACUGAUGCAGUUGUUCUCCAGAUAGGCAAUGUUGCUGCUUUUCCCAAUACAGACAGAAGGUGUCCUGCUGAAACUUUUACAGAUCUCUCUGAGAAAUCUUCUGAAUCUGGUUUAAAUCUACAGUCUGGAUGUUUAGUUGAAGAGUCUUCUCUAAUUUCAGAGCUCACAGAGGCUUCAAGUGGAAUCCAGAUUGCUGACUGUGUAGAGGGCAGAGGAGCCAGUGAUGCUGUUUCAGUUGACAAAUUUACAGAAGUGAGCACAGACACAGCUCCCGAAGCCAGGCCACUGGUCACUUCACUGUGCCAGAGGGACAUUCCAUCCUCCAAGACCUUUGUACUUCGUUCUGUGCUGAAGAAACCCUCUGCAAAGCUGUGUCUAGAAAGCCUGCAGGAACACCGUGACAACCUCUGUGAUGGUGAGACUCAUCCAAGCUCAAUCUCAAAUCUUGCAAACUGUUGCAAAGAACGAAAAGCAGAAGGUCGAGAAAAUUGUAAAGUACCAGCCUCUCUAAAUAUGAGGAAGAGGAAGAGAGUUACUUUCGGAGAGGACCUAAGCCCUGAAGUGUUCGAUGAAUCCUUGCCAGCAAAUACUCCGUUGCGUAAAGGAGAAACACCUGUUCGUAAAAAGGAUUUAAGUAGCCUCAGUCCCCAGCUACUUGAACAGUCCCCAGUUCCUGAGCGCUUACCUCAACCAAAUUUUGAUGACAAGGGAGAGAAUCUCGAAAACAUAGAACCUCUUCAGGUAUCAUUUGCAGUUCUGAGUCCUCUUAGUAACUCUUCAGUCUCUGAGACGGUUUCAGGCACUGUUACCUUUGCCUCUUCAAAUACCCACGACAAAAUAGCCUCCUGUAAAGUUGGUAGAGCAACACGGACCUCUAACAGAAGAAGCCAGUUGAUCAGUUUUUCAGAAGAGAGUGUUUGCAACUUAUUUAAUACAGAACCCCAGCCUUGUAAAGAAAAGAAAAUUAAUAGGAGGAAGUCUCAAGAAAGCAAGCGUGCAGACAGAGCGCUUCCUAGAAAGAAUCAGGUUUUAAAAAGUUGCAGAAAGAAGAAAGCAAAGGGAAAGAAAAAAAGUGUUCAGAAGUCUUUAUAUGGAGAAAGAGACAUCGCAUCUAAGAAGCCGCUCCUGAGCCCUAUUCCUGAGCUGCCCGAGGUCUCCGAGACGCCGUUGGUUCCAAGUGUCCAGAGAAUAUGCUCAGAUGAUUUCAACUCAAAUGGUGAACUUGAAGAAGUGAAGCUUCCAAAGAGAAAGAAUCUUUUGCCUCAGAAUCCAGAAGAUUGGCAGAUAACUCAAGGCUUUAAUAAAUACGAUGUGUCUGAAUUCUGCAGCUCUGACAUGAAAAGUUCCUCGUCGCUUAUGAAUGCCACUUUUGAGCAAGAUUCAAAUACAAAUACUAUAGAAAUUAAUGAAAACAAAGCUAUUCCAAAAGCAGCAAUUAAGUUGGAAAGUGAAAAUGAACUAAAAACUGGAACUGAGAAUGAAAACAGCCAUGUUUCUUGUGCUCCUGUGACUGAAACACCCAUUGUGUCAGACAAUCCAAAACCUGAUUUUACCCUGCCAUCUCAGGAGCUUUCUGCUGCUGGUCAAAAUGUGGAAAACCUUUUUCAAAUCUUUAAAAUCUCAGAAGAUAUAAACAUCAAAUGUGAGAAACAGGAUGACUUCUUAGUCAUUCCAGAAGGAAAACUGCAGACCAAGCAUUUAAUGCCUGACUCACAGAAAGAAUGUGAUUAUUCAGAUGUCUUAAUUGACCAUAUAAAAGAAAGUACAAGUCAAAGUGAGGAUUUGGGAAGAAGCUCCACAGCAAAUAGUAGUGGUGUGAGCUACCGAGAAAGGAAACACAGAAGAUACUCCAUGGCGUGUUCCGAUGGGCACAGUUUACAUUUUGAAAAAACCGAGAAUCCCAAACCUUCCUACAGUGUGAGCAGCUCUGUAGAAAUUAGUUUAGAAAAUUCCCAACUGUAUAAAGAUUUAUCCGACUCCAUUGAGCAAACCUUUCAGAGAACAAAGAGUGAAACCAAAGUAAGACGCAGCACAAGGCUACAGAAAGGCUUGGAAAGUGAGGAAGGGCUUGUGUGGAUUUCACUUCCAUUGCCUCCUGCUUCCUGCACUUCCCAAAGAACCAAGAGGAGAACAAUAGGUACAUCUGACAGCAGAGGAUUUGAGGAUGGGUCCUCCUGGCAAAAACCUUGUGCGCUACCCUCCACAUCAGGUGAAGAAAACAGUGAGGGCUUUGCUGCUGCUGCUGCUGCUACCAGUUUACCUGGGAGGAGGAGGAAGAGCUUUUGUACAUCUGCACUUGCAGAUCCUAAAAAUACCACCCAGUCUAGAGGCUACAAAAGAACCUUUCUCAACCAGAAGGGAGAGAGCUCUCCAAGUGACUUUGAGAGAAUCGGACAUAUCAGAGAACUAAAGCAGUAACUGGCAUUCCCUGCAGCACCUUUUGGCAAGAGAGAAGGUAACCAGCCAUUCAUGCCUGAAAGAUUCUUUCAUCCCAGUUCCCAUCCUUUGUUCAACCUCAGUGUUUUAAAAGUUUCAAAUAAAAUCAUUUGAGUUGAACCCACUUUUAAGUAGAAAUAAGUGAAGUUUUUCAUCAUUCAAACUGAAAGCAAUGUAUUACAUAUGUUCUCCCCCCAAAUGAUAAAUGAUUUAUUGGUAUUCUGUUAAAAAGGAUUGUUUUUAAACCUAACAGCGUGUCUCUUAAGUUUUAUUUCAUGUUAGUACAUGUU